AUUAUUUCUAUUUAAAUGCUUACUUCCGGUGUCAUGGAAAAGAAACAUUCCAGUCCUUUAUGUAAGACAUGUGUUUGUAUGAAACAUCAUUAAUCAAAUAUAAAUAGCACUACAAUUACAUCACAGUUUACACCAGAGGGCGACAAGUAUUAAUCUGAAAAGGAGUCAUCCGGGUCGCUAGGAGUCGCUGUGUUUACCUGAAGCUGAUGGCAAGAUGGCGGAGGCAGAGAAGCCGAAAGAUGGUCCUUGCACUUUCUUGUUCAAAAAAUCUACAAAGAAAUUCUCAGGCCGGAAAAGACAAGCCAGUGACAGCGAUAAAGAUGACAACAGUGGCGAAGACCAGAGCUCUGUGGUCAGAAGGGACACGAAAGAAAAACGAAUUAAUCCGAUGAUUCAAAAGUCCAAGAAAGUGGAGAAGGCUUUAUCCUCCAGUGAGAGUGAAGACAAUGAGGACAAGAUAACUGUGUCCUACAAGUCCUCCCGCUCGGCUAAACCAGAAGGCCCGGACGACAUGGGGGCGACGGCGACAUACCAACUGGAUACAGAGCGGGAUAAGGAUGCUCAGGCCAUCUUUGAGAGGAGCCAGAAAAUCCAGGAGGAGCGGGAGGGCAAAGAGGACGAUAAAAUCUACCGUGGCAUCAACAACUACCAGAAAUACAUCAAACCAAAAGACACCACCAUGGGCAACGCGUCCUCAGGCAUGGUCAGGAAAGGCCCGAUCCGAGCCCCUGAGCAUCUGCGAGCCACAGUCAGGUGGGACUACCAGCCAGACAUCUGCAAAGACUACAAGGAGACGGGCUUCUGCGGUUUCGGAGACAGCUGCAAGUUCCUUCACGACAGGUCCGACUACAAGCACGGCUGGCAGAUUGAGAGGGAGCUGGAGGAGGGCAGAUACGGCGCAAAUGAUGAGAACUUUGAGGUGAGCAGUGACGAGGAGGACCUGCCCUUUAAGUGCUUCAUCUGCAGGGAGUCCUACAAGAAUCCCAUCAUCACAAAGUGCCGCCACUACUUCUGCGAGGCCUGCGCUCUUCAACAUUACCGCAAGUCCAAGCGCUGCUACGUGUGCAACACUCAGACCAACGGCGUCUUCAAUCCGGCCAAGGAAUUGAUGGCAAAGAUCGAGAAACGCAAAGCCGCCGGCGACCUGCCGCCAUCAGAUGAAGAGGAUUAAUCUUCCCGUGUUGUCUUUGUACAUUUUUGAAUAAAGCUGUAUUUUGUAGGAAAGAAACGUCUUAACCGUGCGGUCCUGUCAGGUGGAAA